AUGGAUGAAUAUAGUAGUAUAUAUUCGCAACCAAAGACUCCUCGGUUGAAACAAGGUGGAUUUCCCGCAUCCACUGGCAAUCAACAGGAAAAGGCAUUGACUAAUGAAAAUGGUGAGGAAAAUCAAAAAAUAGCGUCCGUUGAGGUGGCUACUAGUGAUUCUCAUAGUACACCUUUGACUGUAUCUAUUCCAACCUUUGAAAAUGUUCAAACGUUACCUACACCGAUGACCUACACUCCGUUAUCCCCAGGGAAUCUGUCUAUGUCGCCCAUUGACCAGUCUUCAUUAAAUAUACCUAAAAGACGAAGCCAUGCACGGUUAUUGGAUGAUAUGCUUUCUGCUGCACAACCAAACCAAAGAGUUGUUUCUGAACUUAUCGCACCAGCUAAUUUAUCCCCCCAAAGGGUUGUUUCCCUACCGACAGUCACCGAAGAGGCUUCAGUAACUGAUUCAGUCGAAAGUGAUAACUGCACGAAAGAACCCUAUUUGCCUGAAAGUGAUGGUCUUACAGAAAAGCAUGAUGACGAUAUACUUCAGGGCUUCCUUUUAGACCAUUGGGAUCGGCCGUUAUUAUGGAAAAAGGUCAGACCGAUUGGUUCAGGAAACUUUAGCAAUGUGCUUUUAUAUGAACUGAUAGACCAAAGUAAUUCUAGAUUGAAGCAAGUGGCCGUUAAACGACUCAAAUAUCCUGAGGAAUUAUUAAAUGUUGAACAAAUCAACACGUCGUUACGAUAUAAAGAAACCUUGUCCCGUUUGGAAAAUUCUCUGACAAGGGAACUGCAGGUACUAAAAUCAUUAAAUCAUCCAUGCAUAGUUAAACUACUUGGAAUUAAUAAUCCAAUCUUUGUUACUAGCAAAAAACCUCUACGCGAUUUCAUUAAAAAAACCCCAAGAGCUCUGCCGCCUUGUGAUAUGAUUAUGUCUUAUUGUCCUGCUGGAGACUUAUUAGCUGCCGUCAUGGCCCGUAAUGGUAGGUUAGAAGCGUGGCUGAUCCAAAGAAUUUUUGCAGAAUUAGUACUGGCAGUAAAAUAUUUGCACGGAAACAGUAUCAUUCAUCGCGACUUAAAGUUAGAGAAUAUAUUGCUAAAAUAUAGUUUUGAUGAUAUCAAUAGCUUUAGGGAUUCACCCAUUUACCACAAGCAAAAUUUCAUUGAGUUAGCAGAUUUUGGUCUCUGUAAAAGGAUUGAGAACAAUGAGAUGUGUACGGCAAGAUGUGGAUCAGAGGACUAUGUCUCUCCAGAAAUCCUCAUGGGAGUUCCGUACGAUGGCCAUUUAAGUGACACGUGGGCCUUAGGUGUCAUACUAUACAGUUUGUUUGAGGAUAGAUUACCAUUUGACCCUCCUCCAAACGCUUCAGCGAGACAGCGUAGCAGAGCUACGUCACACCGCAUUGCUAGGUUUGACUGGAGAUGGUACCGGUUAAGUGAUGACGAUACUAAUGUGGGGAAACAGAUCGUGGAGAAUACGCUAACAAGAAAGAACCAACGUUGGUCGAUUAAUGAAAUCUACGGGUCCCCGUUCGUUAAAACGAUCGUUGAUACUUUGGAUUUUUCUUGA